GUCAUACUAUUUUUAUAGAGACUAGUUCACCAAUGUGUUUCUCAAUAUUAUCAAAUAAGGAGUUUCGUGGGGGGGUCGUACAAUAUUUAAAAUAAAAAUUAAUCGUCUGUGUUAUUAAACUUCCUGUUUUUUCUAAUUAAACUGUAUUUGUGUAAUAAGCAUAAUGGGUGGGUGUUACGAUUGUAUGAAGUACCUAAUGGUCUUUAUCAACCUUAUUGUUUUUGUAAUAAGUCUCACAAUGAUUGGACUUGCAGUCUGGAUGCUAGUAGACGACACAUUUUACGUCUCAAUGGCAGUUGAUGCAGCUAAUUACAAAGUAGACGUUUAUAUGCUCUUAGCUGGAGGAUUACUCCUUUUAGUUGUCUCUUUCCUUGGUUGCUGUGGCGUAGUACGAGAAUCACAAUGCAUGUUAAUUUCGUUCUUCUGCAUUUUGCUGGUAAUUCUUGUUGCACAAAUUGCGACAGUCGUUUGGGUUUAUUGUAAUAGCGAUAAAUUGGAAACUAUGAUACGUUACAAUAUUAAAUCAACUGUCGAGGAGGAGUACUAUAAGGAUGAACGUUUACAAAAAACGUUUGACGCGAUUCAACAGGGAUUAAAGUGCUGUGGAGCUGAUUAUCCGGCUGAUUGGAAUAAAAGUAAGAAUAUUUUAGUCGGCGCUACAAUUGAAGAGAAGAACACCUUUAACAUUCCAAAAAGUUGUUGCACUGCACUUGCAACUUCCUCAGAUUGCGAAAAAAGUACUCAGCAGUUACACAUUGGACAAGGAAUUGACUUUAAGACUGUUUUUGAAAAUGGUUGUACAACCAAAGUUUUAGAUAUAGUACGCGAAAAAGUUGCCAUCGUUUUUUGGGUAGCCAUUGCCAUUAUUAUACUCGAAUUCAUCGGUCUUAUAUUUACAAUUAUUUUGGCGGUGGCUGUGGGUAAAUCUCGACAUUACAAACGCUAAACUGCUGGUGCAUCAAAGCAAAUAUAUUUUCUGAUCAUUUUAUUUAUAUUACAUUUUGUACGAAAAUUUUAGUCUUCAUGAUGAAUAAUUAAAUUAUUACUUACAGUAAGUCGGCUGUCUCCUACAACGCGCACACAAACCUAAAAUGGUACAAAGCUCUUUUAAUGUUUAAAAAUAACGGUGCCAUACACAUACAUAUGGACUUUAUGUUGCCACUCUGAAUUCAGAUGCAAUGAAGAAAGACAAAAUGUACAAUAUUUAUGCCCAGUUGCACCAACAAGUCUUGCUUAGAGUUAAGUCGAACUUCAAAUCUAUGGCAACGAUUAUUGAGACAAUCGUUGCUAUAUGGUAAUUAAGUUACGCUUAACUUUAAGGGAUACUUAAUGUUGACCGUGCAACUGGCCAUUAGUCGUUUCAAAUGUGGGUAGCGCUAUGAUGGAUGCGUCAUAAAUGACAAAACAAUAAUUAUGUAAAUAUGAUUUUAUAUUUUUGAAUACUUAUUAGGACCUGAUUUUACCACGUUCAAUUGAAUUGAAACAAUAUGGAUCACUUGCACUGUAUAUUUUUUUACUUUUAUUCAAUCAAUAAUUCCUUUUUCAAUCAUAUUGGCACUGUAAGAUCAGUAUUGUAAUACUGAUUGAAGUUAAUACAGUGAACAGACAAAAUGCAUAGAUUAUAGAUUGGGUAAAAUUAAGAAAAUUAGCUAACAAUAAAUUUACAUUUAUUGAAAAUUUGAAUUAUUAGCAACUAUUUCUGAGUUUCAGGUUUCUUAAUUUAACAAAUUAUCUGCCAAACUAUAAUGAUUAUUUAAUAUUUUGAGAAGUCGCGUGGCAUAAACUGGUUAUAUUGUUGCAUAAGUUUAUUUACUAUUACAUUUAAAGCAACGGAUCUUUACACUGUUGUUUAUGUUGCUAUUUUCUAACAAAACAAAUAAAAACUGUUAAAAAUCAAGUGAGUGAGUCAAUUUUCAUUUAAAAAAUAAUUACAAAGAAACAAAGAAAUGGCGCACAAUAAGAUAUAUUACUAUUUUAUCAUUUUCCUAGAAGGGGAAGGGGGGAAUUUUCAAAAUUUUAAUUUUAUAAUUAACUGAGUGGGUUUGUCUGUACAGAGUAGACAUUAGCAAAUAAUAUUUACUUUAGCUUUUCAAAAUGAGUGCCAAAAAUCCAAACCUUACAGUUUUGCCUCCACUGCAGUGGUUCUCAUUUCUAGUCUUCUAUUAUUGAGAUCUUUAUUUAAGGAAUUAGCAAUCUCUCUGUCAUUACCUGUUAUUGUAGCCGUUUUAUGUUCUAUGUUGCCAAACCUUCUAGCUAAGUCCAUCUUAUCUAUAGCAGUAUCACCUGUUCAAAAAGAAACUUAACUAUUGCAAAAUUUUCUUAUUAUUUUACACAUGAAAUGAUUAAAAAAAAAGAGAAUACGUGUAGUGUAAUUGGCCUUUAGGCAAAAAAUAACAAUUUUUUCUAUAUAUGUACUUUUAUCAGCAAAUGUCAAAUCUCAUUCAGGAUAGAAUGAAAUUCUUUUUUUAUUAUAUUACUAUAUAAUAAAUUAAGCAGAAAAUAGCAAUAGUAAAGUCAUUUUGAACUAACUGUAUAUAAGUUAGUUAAUAUAACAUUUUAUGAAUCUCCUUCCUAGUCUGUUAUCACGUAGUGCCAAAAACAUGUUUGCAAGAUCGUAGCCAAUGGGGGAUUAUAAGAGUUCAAUUCCCUUUUGCAAUUUGAAAAAAUUAUUGUCAAAAUGUACAUACUCUGAAGAAAUCUAUUUAUUUUCCCGUUAUCUCAUAAGCAGUCUCCUGUGGCAUAAUAUCAUGGUUACAAUCUUGAACAUAUGUACCUACUAUUGCAGUUAAUCUCAAAUGUGGCCCAAACGAAAAUUCAUUAAACGUCAUGUUUUCAUAAAGUUAAUGUUAAGCCAAAUUUGAUAUUAUAAACUGACUGCUUUAUUUUGUUACCAGUGUGUUUUUUAAAUUUUUUGCACAAUUAAUUAUUUACUAUGCAUGUGUUCAUUAAUCUUUAAGUUGGAUACUUUUUCCCAAUGAAUACGAGUUUAGGGAGUUUAUCCAACAAUCUUUUAAUUUAGUUUUAAUUUUUAAUCGAAGCUUUAUUUAUAAAAGGUUUUUAUACUAUUAACAGUAUUUCUAAGUACAUUAACUGUAUGUAUCACUGAUCUCAUUACAAUCUGCAAUUACUCAAGUGUGGCUGGUAUGAUUUGUAUAGCUUAACUUUUUUAUUUCUUGCUUUUUAUAAUGCCAACGUCCUAAGGGAGUUUAAAAGGAAAUCUUGUAAAUAAAAGAUUUUAAUUACA